AUGGGAAAAGAAAGCUUGAGAAAAAGAAAAGGAGAGAACAACGGAAAAGAGGAUGGAGAAUCCAUUCAGAGUCAUGAACCCCAAACGACAAACCUACAAAAGCAGGUGGGCCUCAUCAGUGGAAUCUGUAUGAUUGUUGGUACAAUUAUUGGCUCAGGUAUCUUUGUUUCUCCAAAAUCAGUACUUGCCAAUGUUGGAGCUGUGGGUCCUUGCUUAACCAUCUGGGCAGCCUGUGGAAUUCUUGCAACAUUAGGUGCACUUUGUUUUGCUGAGCUUGGUACAAUGAUCACAAAAUCUGGGGGAGAAUAUCCUUACCUUAUGGAGGCAUUUGGCCCAAUUCCAGCAUUUUUGUUUUCUUGGACAAGCUUACUCGUCACAAAACCCAGUUCAUUCGCAAUCAUUUGUCUCAGCUUUGCGGAAUAUGCAUCAGCUCCUUUUUAUCCAGGCUGUGAUCCACCCCAAGUUGUCAUCAAGUGUCUUGCAGCAGCUGCCAUUGUGAUAAUUACAAUAGUGAAUUCACUGAGUGUGAAGCUGGGAAGCUAUCUCCAGAAUUUUCUCACAGCUGCUAAAAUGAUCAUUGUCACAAUCAUUAUUGUAAGUGGAAUUGUUCUCCUUGCACAAGGAAAAACUGAAAACUUUGAAGAUUCUUUCAAGGACAGCAAAAUUUCUGUUAGUUCUAUAAGUUUGGCAUUUUAUAAUGGACUCUGGGCAUAUGAUGGAUGGAAUCAACUCAAUUACAUCACAGAAGAACUUAAAAAUCCUUACAGAAAUCUACCGCUAUCUAUAAUUAUUGGAAUCCCCUUGGUUACAGUUUGUUACGUUCUGAUAAACAUUUCGUAUUUCACCGUAAUGACUUCAACAGAACUCCUGCAGUCCCAGGCAGUUGCUGUGACAUUCGGAGAUAGAGUCCUUUAUCCAGCCUCUUGGAUAGUUCCUCUCUUUGUGGCCUUUUCUACAAUUGGAUCUGCCAAUGGGACCUGUUUUACUGCAGGCAGACUUGUUUAUGUUGCAGGUCGUGAAGGGCACAUGCUAAAGGUGCUAUCUUACAUUAGUGUUAAGCGUUUAACACCAGCACCUGCUAUCAUAUUUUAUGGGGCCAUUGCUAUUAUUUAUAUUAUCCCUGGUGACAUCAACACACUCAUAAAUUAUUUUAGUUUUGCAGUCUGGAUAUUUUAUGGUUUAACUGUACUUGCACUCAUCGUUAUGAGGUUUACGAGAAAGGAACUCAGGAGACCAAUCAGGAUACCCAUCAUCAUUCCAGUCAUAGUGACGUUAGUCUCUAUUUUACUGGUAUUGGCACCAAUCAUCAGUGCACCUGAAUUGGCCUAUUUGUACUGUGUUUUAUUUAUACUUAGUGGACUUAUAGUUUAUGUACUUUUUGUUCAUUUUAAAUUCGACUGGCCCCAAAAAAUAUCAAAGCCCAUCACUAUGCACCUUCAGAUGCUUUUGGAAGUUGUUCCAGCAGAAGACGUUACUGAAUAA